CGCUCUGUGCAUUCAAUCACCCAAUACAAUACUCUGCUGCUAUAUAACGUUAGAUGAUGUGGAAGCAGGCAUGGAGUUGAACACAGAUCAAGAAAUUGGAAGCAUGGAGUGUGACGGCGUCAACCCUGUCCAAGACCCGGUUGAAGGACUGUUGGAGGAUAUCAACAUUGAAGAACCAUCACAUUAUGAUGACCUUGAUAACAAAGCAAGCAUUCAAGACAUUCCGCUCCAUCAGGAAGAUCCAAACAGUGCACAGAAUGGAUCAGCAAGCACUGAAAGUUGCUGUAACCAUAGCGAAGAUGAAGAUGAUGAUAAAAUGCUGUGUAUCUUGCAGUUCAGCAAAGGCACUAACAUGUCAACAAAGAAUUGGCUCUUGUCCUUUCUAAAGGCUCCAGAGAAGGAGGGAGGAGGGGAACUCCUAGUCAGCACCAUCCAAACCAAGAACAACGGUGAUGGAGACAUUGUACUCCAGCUUGGAGCAACAAGGGAGAGGCUCCUUGAGGGAGCUGAGAAGAUCUGUAUCAGGAAGAAAUGCAAGGAUGGAUCCCUGAGGGAGUUCAGUAGGGGACAUCGGGAUCACUUUGACAGUGGAAACAAAUGUUUCCUGACUACUUGCGAGAAACAGCGUGUAAUCUACUACCUCCUUACUAAUGUUCGAAGUUCCAAAGAAGAAGACAUUCCUGGUACCGAGACCAAAAAAAUAACCCUACACCCAGAACAAAGAAUAGUGCCUAAGAUGAUGAACAGUGGACUCAUUGAUGGAAUCUAUCCCCUACACACCUCAUCUGAACUCAUAUCAUUAGAGAAUCAUUGGUAUAAUCAUUCCAAUUACUUCCAAGGCCAACCAAUAGAGAUGAUCAGGGACUACUUUGGAGAGAAGAUUGGCAUCUACUUCUCCUUUCUUGGAUUCUAUACCAAGGCUCUGUUUCUCCCCGCUGCCUUUGGACUCAUCUACUUUCUCCUGGAUACAUUUGUCGGCCAUCUUCCCCAUGGUUAUGCUAUCUUUGCCAUCUUCAAUCUUUUCUGGACCACCUUGUUCCUAGAAUUCUGGAAGAGGAAGUGCAACGCCAAGGCUUUUCGAUGGGGAACCUACGGUAUGGUGAAAUUUGAGGAGCCAAGGGCGGAGUACCACGGACCGAUCGGCACCAACCCUGUGACCGGACGAAGAGAGCCUCGCUACCCCGAGUCCAAACGUUUCUACAAGAAAUACUGUGUUUCAGCCCCAAUCAUCCUGGUCUUCCUCUGCCUAGCCUUUCUCAUGAUGUUAGGCUUCUUCUGGUUUGAAGAUUACCUCAAGACCAAGGUGGAUGUCAACACCACCGUCGGAGGCCUGGUGCUCCUCCUGCCAAGUGUGCUCUAUGCUGUGGUUAUCAUCAUCGUCAACUCCUUCUACCGCAAGAUUGCAAGCUUUCUCAACGAUUGGGAAAACCAUCGUCUUCAGUCAGCCCAUGAAAACAACUUGAUUCUUAAACUCGUUGUGUUUGACUUUGCAAAUUGUUUCAUGUGCCUGUUCUUCAUUGCCUUCUACCUUCAAGAUAUGGUCAAACUACGCAAGUACCUAUCAACCCUACUCAUCAUCCAACAAUUCAUUGAACAAUUCCUUGAGACCGCUCUUCCCUAUCUCAUCCUGAGGUUCUGGCGGGGAAGAAAGGAUGAUGAUGUUGCCAAGGCUAAGAAAGAUGAUGAUGCUCCUCGGGAGGGUGGAAAGAAAGAUGCAGCUCAGCUUGUAGCAGAACAGAGCAAAAUGGACCAUUAUCCAGGGACAUUUGAUGACUACCUUGAGCUGUUCCUGCAGUUUGGCUAUGUAUUCCUCUUCUCAGCUGUGUUCCCUUUGGCUGCUGUCUUUGCUCUACUCAACAAUGUGAUCGAGGUCCGCAGUGAUGCCUUCAAGCUCAGCAGAGUCUGUCAGAGACCGUUUGGACAGGCCGUAGCAGAUAUUGGUACAUGGCAGAUCACCUUUGAGAUAAUGAGUAUCAUAGCUGUCCUUACCAAUGUAGCGUUGAUGGCGCUAUCACCCGAGAUCCAGUCUAUGUUUCCUGACAUGUCUACCACCAAAUACAUCCUCCUCUUUGUGAUUGUAGAGCACAUCUUUCUAGCCUUCAAGGCAGCCAUAGCUAUCUUAAUUCCUGAUCUACCUCAAUGGAUGGAGGUAGAGCUAGCCAAGGAAGAGUUUGAAUCUAGAAAAGCUCUUGCUGAAAGGAAAGCAGCAGAGUUGACCCGCCAGCUAUCUUUCAGCAUGGAAAAGGAGAACGGAGGUAAUAUGAAGGCUGCCCUCGCUGAAGCCCAAGCAGCACAAGCCAGUGAUGCUCACUGAUUGGUCAAAUGAAACCUGCUAGAUUUGUUUCUUAGAUUUCAAAAGCUGAGUUUUAUAAGACCUGUAUUAACAGAGU